UACGUCGUAGUGAACGAAGCCGCAUUGCUUGUCCAGGGGGCGGGGCUGCCAGGCGAAGUGCACAAACUACAUAGUGAAGAGAGAAUUCUACUGGAAGGAAUGGCCGCCUCCUCAUCAUCAUCUUCAGCUGGCGGGGUCAGUGGGAGCUCUGUCACUGGAUCUGGCUUCAGUGUGUCAGACCUGGCCCCGCCAAGGAAAGCUCUUUUCACCUACCCCAAAGGAGCCGGAGAGAUGUUAGAAGAUGGCUCUGAGAGGUUCCUCUGUGAGUCGGUGUUUAGCUAUCAAGUAGCAUCCACGCUUAAACAGGUGAAACACGAUCAGCAAGUUGCUCGGAUGGAAAAACUGGCUGGCUUGGUGGAAGAGCUGGAGGCUGAUGAGUGGCGGUUUAAACCCAUCGAGCAGCUGCUGGGGUUCACACCCUCUUCAGGUUGAUGUCGCCUGCCUGCAUGGUCACCCCUAGGGCAUAGCCACCCAGAUAUUCACAACUGUACUAUGAGCUGCAUGUCUGAAUUCCCAUCCAUUGUUGGCUCCUCUAUUUCUAUUAAUAGGCCACAAAUACUCAUGUGAGGUGUCGCUAAAAAGUUUUCCACAUUCUUGUUUUUAAAAGUAUUGGGCAGAGCGCUUGGGAGGUAGAGGCAGGAGGAUCUCUAUUAGUUCAAGGCUAGCCUGAUCUAUAUAGACUUCCAGGACAACCAGGGCUGUGUAGAGAGACCCUGUCUCAAAAAAAAAAAAAAAGUAUUGGGGAUCAAAUUAAGGCAGUCCACUCAGAACCAGUAGGGUUGGGAUUUUAGAGAUGGUUAUACGAUUCUCCCAAGCCAAUUAUGGCAUAUAUCCCAUCAUCCAUAGAGCACCUGGAAGCUCUCACCAGCCAGACCCAAUCACAGAUGAGUGUGACUUUAGCUCAGGUGUUCUUUCCUACUCUAUUCUUAGUAAUUUAAUAUUAUAGAUUAAUUUUCUCACCUCUUAUGAUAUGCUAAAUGGUGCUACCCUACCCCAUCCAUGCACUCCAAAAUUGUUUUGUGAAUGUUAUAGCACUUGAAAAAAUAAAGAAACUUAAUUCCUUUUAGACCCAGAAGUCCUUAUCCAGCUUACUGGGGACAUGAGAGCAAUUCUGAAGUGAAUAAGUCCAUAAACGAGUUCCAGAAUGGCACACUUGUCCUUUCAAAGUUUUGAGGGAUUUGAGACAGAGGAAGAGGUCAGAUGGCUUUUUUGUUAGCCUCUAUAAAGUCAUUUCUCUUAAAUACACAGUAGAUUUGCUUUAGUUCCAUGCUGUUUGCUCACACAAACUCACUGUCCUUCAGCAGGUGUGAGGAUGGGUUAUUUGCUGGUUCAUCCAUUUGUUUGGAACCUUGUCUCACUCUGUAACUAGGUUGGCCUCACAUUCAAAGCAGCCCUCCUUCUUCAGCCUACUAAGUGUUAGGAUUACCUUCCUCUCUUCACUAAGUUUUUACAUGAUGAUAGAGAAAAAUCUGGAAGACAAAGAGGUAGCUUUUGUGCCUCUUCAUGGGACCCCACACUUGACAAUUAGGCAGAUUACUAUUAUGUUACAUAUUUGCCCUAGCCAGCAUUUACCUUUCUGUUCAUUAAUUAAUAACUUAUUUCUGAUCUACUUAGAGUUGCUUAAUUAUAAAUAAAUUUAAUCCUAGUAGCAAUUGGCCUUAA